AUGAACGCGCUGCAGGACCUCUGCCGCGACGACGAGGACACGGCCCUGCGGCCGGCCCAGAGCGCCGUCGUGCAGCGCAUCGGCCCCAACGCCGUCGCGGACGACGGCGGCGAGGACAAGGAGAACGCGCCGGCGCCGCGGGACCCCAAGGCCAUCUGGGCCGACGACGAGAUCCCGCCCGAGGAGGCGCUCAAUUUCGUCGACGCCGCGGACGACAAGCGGAAGCGCGCGGCGUUCGAGAUGCUCUACAAGCAGGACGUCUACCUGGGAACGGAGAAGAACCCGAGCUCCGCGCACAGCAACGCGAUCGUCUACAAGAUCAAGUUCCCGGGCCACGCGCACUCGGAGCUCGACGUCGACGUCACGAAGACGACCCUCAGCGCGUCGUCCGACCGCCUCAAGCUCGCCCUCUACCUGCCCCAGCCCGUCCACGCGGACCGCGGCUCCGCGAAGUGGGACGACAAGAAGAAGGUCCUCACCAUCGAGCUCCCCGUCGACGUGGACGAGUGGUAA